AGUAAGUGGUUAGUGAGACAAAGUUUAAAAAAGUCAAAUAUUUCUUGUUCCUCUUCCUCUUCAUCUUUAUAUUUUCUGUUUGAGAUAGUACACCAUUUUUCUUAUAUAUCGUGAAAUGAGGAUUCUUGAUUUUCUGGGAUGUUUUAAUUCUAGGCAGUUCUUUUUGAGGCAGCUGUAAGAAAUCAAACACGCAAGUUUCCCUGAUUAUAUAUGUGUAUCAGUGUAUGUAUAUAUUCAGCGAUUGCAAGUGGUAUAUUGUUUCAAAUUUUGCUAAAUAUGAUGAAUGAUUACAUUAUCAUAUGCAGAGAUGUUAUCCAUUAUGCAAGAUUUCUUUUUUUAUGAACAUGUAGGUAACGCCGGUCGUCACAAUGUUGCCUGUACCUGAAGAUGCAGACACUGAUAGCAUGAUAGGCUAUAGAUUUAGUAAAAUGGAGAUUGAAUCUGAGCUCUCUGAUGGCUCAAGUGAUGAUGGUGGUGGCAGUUCUUGGCCUAGUCAAAAGCCAGAUUCAUUAGAUCAAGAUAUAGCUCAGCUAACGAAGCUUCAGUCGAGGCCAAAUGAGCAUUUCAGCAGCGUUUCACCUAGGAAACACGACUUCCCUAUCUCUACUUUGAAGAUGUUGGCAGGUCGAGAAGCUAAUCUCUCGGGAAGAGGAAGGUUCUCAUUAGCAGAUUGUCGUCAUGUUUUGAGUAGAUACUUGCCGGUUUAUGGUCCUUAUAUUGUAGACCAGAUGUCUACAAGGGCUUAUGUAUCCCAGUUUUCUGCUGACGGUUCCCUUCUUAUUGCUGCAUUUCAGGGUAGUCAGAUUAGAAUAUAUGAUGUUGAAAAGGGGUGGAAAGUUCGGAAGAACAUUCUGGCCAGAAGUCUAAGGUGGACGAUCACUGAUACUUCCCUUUCUCCUGAUCAACGAUGGCUUGUCUACGCAAGCAUGUCACCCGUCAUUCAGAUUGUUGAUGCUGGAUCUCACACGUGUGAAUCUCUUGCGAACAUCACUGAAGUUCAUGACGGUUUGGAUCUCUCGUCUCAUGAUGAUGGAGGAUACUCAUUUGGGAUUUUUUCUCUGCAAUUCUCAACUGAUGGGCAAGAAGUUGUGGCUGGAAGCAGCGAUGGGGAUAUACAUGUUUGUGACCUCAACACGAAAAAAGUCUCUCUUCAUAUAUCAGCCCACACGUCUGAUGUCAACAGUGUAUGUUUCGUUGACGAGAGUGACCAUCUCAUUUGUUCCGGCAGCGACGAUAGCUUCUGCAAGGUUUGGGACAGACGCUGCUUUGCAGGCAGCGGCAAGCCAGCCGGGGUGCUUAUGGGUCACCUUGAGGGGAUUGCCUUCAUUGAUAGCCGCAGAGAUGGCCGUUAUUUGAUAUCCAACAGUAAAGAUCAAGCUAUCAAACUAUGGGAUCUCCGCAAAAUGUCGUCUAACUCUAUUUGCUAUCAAGGAUACAGGAACUACGAAUGGGAUUACAGAUGGAUGAACUACCCUCAACAAGCAAGAGAUUUCAAGCAUCCACAUGAUCAAUCCGUAGCUACGUAUAAAGGCCAUUCAGUCCUACGCACACUCAUCCGUUGUUACUUCUCGCCACAAUACAGCACAGGGCAGAAGUACAUUUACACAGGAUCACACGAUUCCUGCAUCUACAUUUAUGAUUUGGUAAGUGGUGAUCAAGUUGCGAAGCUAAAACACCAUAGAUCUACGGUGAGGGAUUGUAGUUGGCACCCCACCUACCCGAUGCUAGUUAGCUCGUCGUGGGAUGGUGAAGUGGUGAAGUGGGAGUUCCCCGGAGAUGGAGACGCAGCAACAGCUACCAUCAGCAACACAAAUUUGUAUGAUCCCCGCUUGCAAGCUCAAAAUCUGUUCAAUAAUUUGUUGUUGCGGUAAUACAUGUACAUAGCAGAUUAAAUUGUCAUACAAUGUCAAAUAAAUGAGCUUCACCAUUUAAAUGUGUUUUUACAUGAAAAAACUGUAUUUAUCGAAGAUUGUGUUCUGAUUGAAAUGUUUAGCAUAGAAGGUUGUAUUUCUUCGGCUUAAUUCAUAUUUUACAUUCUCAUGUUAUAUAUUCCGUUUUAACUUAA